UGGUGGCUGUUAGACUGCAGGGCCGCUCUUUGAAAUGGCGGGAAAUAUGUUCUGUCAUGACUAUUGUGAGCUGAAACGGGAGUAUGCUAGUCUUGAAUGGAAUUGGAUUUGGCUGUUAUCGAGUUAGAUGUCAGAGUGAACACUGAAGACUGAGUAUAAGAAGUAAAGUAAAAUAUUUUCCAAGGAAGAGACUUAAAUUUGUUGUUGUUUAACUUAAGUCUCAUAAAGAUUAAUUUUUGAAAUGAAGUGUACAAUACCUGAAAUUUCAUGGCAUAACAGAGAUCCUGUACUUAGUGUAGAUAUUCAAGCAACUAAGGGAAAUUUCACCUUUUACAGACUAGCUACCGGAGGAACAGACUCCCAUGUGUUGAUUUGGUUGUUAUCAGUCGAGAAAGGCGGAGUCGCUUCAUUAGAAUGUGCGGCAGACCUAUCUCGCCAUUCCAGGCCAGUCAACUGUGUUCGAUUCUCACCAUCUGGAGAGUUCCUUGCAUCAGGCGACGACGAUUCUUCUAUUAUUGUGUGGAAAAUGAAGACUAGCAGUGACCCAGUAGAGUUUCCCAGCGGUGAGGAGGAAAAUUUUAAAGAGCAGUGGAUCUCCGUGAAAGUGUUGCGUGGACAUUUGCAGGAUGUUUAUGACCUGAGCUGGUCACCUGAUUCCAAGAACCUAAUAUCCGGAUCAGUGGAUAACUCAGCAAUCCUGUGGGAAGUUUCAUCUGGAAAGAACCUGGGAAUUCUUGGAGACCACAAAGGGUUUGUUCAGGGGGUGGCCUGGGAUCCUUGUGGCCAAUAUGUGGCCACCAUGAGCAGUGACAGAGUUUGCAGAGUAUUUAAUUCGACAACCCGCAAAGUUGUCUCAAGAGUAUAUAAAGGUCAUUUGCCUGGAGUUGCUGCUGAAUCAAAACCUACACAUUACUUCCACGAUGACACUCUCAAGUCUUUCUUCCGAAGGUUAACUUUUACCCCGGAUGGAGAGUUCCUGAUAGUACCCUCUGGGGUGGUUGAAGAACCUGACAAAAAUCCCAAGAACUCCACAAUCCUCUUCUCAAGGCAUUGCUUAAACAAGCCUGUUCUCUACCUGCCGUCCCUGAGCCAGUACACGGUGGCGGUGCGUUGCUGUCCAACGCUGUUCACCCUGCGCCAAAUGUCAUCUCCGCCGCUGUUCAAUCUGCCGUACCGCGUCAUCAUCGCUGUGGCCACACAGUGUAGUGUGGUGCUCUACGAUACGCAGCACGCUGCGCCUUUCGCCUUCAUCACCAACAUCCACUAUACUCGUCUCACCGACCUCAGCUGGUCCAGUGAUGGUAGAGUCCUUGUUGUGUCCUCUACCGAUGGGUACUGCUCUGUAAUCACCUUUGCAGAGAACGAACUUGGAACUGUUUAUACUGGUCAAAAGGAAGAAGGGAUAGAGGUGGCAAAUCUGGCAAAAGAAUGUAGUGAAAAUAAAGAUAAAGAAAUAAUUACUAGUCAAGAUACUGAAAAAUCUAAAUCAGCUGAUGUUGAAAAAUGUCCCAAAAAGCCUAGUGAAGUGAUUGUUUUAGAUCCCACAGAAGAUGCGAAUAUGUGUGUUGAUAUGAAUAGUAAAAUGGAUGGAAAUGAAUGUACUGAUUCAAAGCAACAGUCACAGUUGUUGCCAUCAUUGGACAAUUCUUCUAAAUCAGCAGUGAAAAGUGUUACUGACGUGAAAGAAUCUCCGAUGGAAGUUGAUGAUUUCCAGUUGGUGUAUGAAGGAACAGUAACGGAACCUGUUUUGGAAUCAGGGAGUACAACGAAAUCGAAGGAGAAGAUUGAAGCUGAACCGUGUGAGAUAGGAGCAAAAUCAACUUCUCUGGAAAUAGAGAAAACUGCCAGACCUUUAAUGGAAUCACCGGAGAAACCUGGUGAUGUUGCAAGUAGUCUUCAGAAAGAAUCAACAUCACCCAAGCCUGUCAGUUCUGGUAAAGUGAACACAACACCAGGAAACAGCAACAAGAAAGCCCCUCGCAGAGUACAGCUUAUCACUUUGUCCAGUCCAAGAAGUAGAAAAAAACUGCUUUCAUAAACCACUGCCAAUUUUGUGUUUGUAUAUAUUAGGUUUUAUAUUAAAAUAAUUUUUUCUCUCUUUA